AUGGAGUAUCAAGUGUGCGAUAGUGAAAAAUACGACAGCUUAAUCCAACCUAUUAUGAUAGUCGCCAAAUUGAUCUGUAUUUGGCCUUUGAAGAAGGCCAUCAGCGCAGUGCUGUUCAGGAUUUGUCAUCAUUUACCUUGUUUUGACGUGACUGCGACGGCCGACGUAAUUUAUAAUCUUGACGAUUUGAAUGAAAUGAUGGAAUGCACUUUAAUCUGCUUCGCCUUUUAUCUCACCAUAAUACGCCUCGUCGUCUAUACGCUUCAUCGAAAGGAUGUACUGUAUGUGAUUGAAAUCAUGAAAGAAGACUGGGUUUGGUCAUCUUAUAAGGACAAGAUUAUUUUGAAGAAGAAGUGUCUUUUUACGUUCCGCCUCAUAAAAUAUUUCAUAACUUUCUCAUGCACACCAAUUUUUGAGUGCGCUACCACAAUUGUUUAUUACUGCUUCGUAAAUGUUGCGAUAGUGCCCUUACACGGGAAAUUGUUUUCCAAUGGCCAUUCUUCCCUUUUUCGGGGUCAUUUCUUCAUCAAUCAGACCGUCUCGCCCGUCUACGAGUGUAUCUACGUUUUCAAUAUAAUAGCCGGUUGCUUCGUGGAUGGCGCAAUAACCGGCGCUACCAGCUUCAAUCUCGUCGCGAUAACAUACGCGGCAAAAUUCGCCGUGUUGCGAAGGACGAUCAGUAGUAAUAAUCUCGACGCCAAUAAAAUCAUGGUCGACUGUAUUAAAUGUCAUCAAAAUAUAAAGUACUCGAUCGUUUUGAACUCUGCCAUCCUCGAGCUUUUCAUGUUUAGUUUCAGUGGAAACAGAUUAAUAGACGAAUAUUACUCUAUAUACGAUAAUUGCAUCGGCCGAUUACCUAUCGCAUGUAUCUUCAAUUGGAUUGGCAGUGGCAGUUUCGGUCGAAGUCUACAGAUUGUCAUGAUACGGUCGAUGCCAGGAUCAACCGCCGCGAAAUUCUACAAUAUGUCUUUCGGAAACCUUUCUUAA